AGGUGGCGGCCGCUGCGCGCUACUGCGCUCACUGGGCAAGCAGCGAUGCGCAGAGCCGCGCUGCCCGGGGGCCGCCGCCGCCGCCACGCCGCACCAUGAAGCUCCGCAGCAAGGCGGCAGCGCUGCUCUUGCUCGCGCUGGCGGCGCUGCUCCUUGCACUGCUACCCCUGCGCCCCGGCCGCGUCGCGCCCCCAGAACUGCCUGCGAGUCUCGCGUCUGCUCCGCAGCGGCACCCGGAGCCGCCCCCCGCGCGCCCACCCGCCCCGGGCUCCUUCCCGGGGGCGGUCCCCGGCGCCCGGAGGCGCCGGCCCUCGCGUCUCCGCCCCCGAACUGGCCGCCGGGGAGCGGCGAGGCUGGAGAAGUUGGCGAGGAGACCCGGAGAACUCAGAAGUUUCCAAGGUGUGUUGCCACCUGAACUCUGGAUCCACCUGGCCGUGGUGGCCUGUGGCAAUCGGCUGGAGGAGACACUGGUCAUGCUCAAAUCAGCUGUGCUCUUCAGCCACAGGAAGAUUCAAUUUCACAUAUUCACUGAAGAAUCUCUGAAGCCUGAGUUUGAUAAACAGUUACGACAGUGGCCGGACUUAUACACAAAGAAAUUUGAGCACAGAAUCUACCCCAUCACAUUUUCUGUUGGAAACUCUCAGGAAUGGAAGAAAUUAUUCAAACCCUGUGCUGCCCAGAGACUCUUCCUUCCGGUGAUUUUAAAGGACGUAGACUCACUUCUCUACGUGGAUACUGAUGUUCUCUUUCUGAGACCUGUCGAUGAUAUCUGGAAGCUUCUGAGGCAGUUUAAUUCCACCCAGCUUGCAGCCAUGGCCCCUGAGCAUGAGAUCCCCAAGAUUGGCUGGUACAGCCGCUUUGCCCGUCACCCCUUCUAUGGUGCUGCUGGAGUUAAUUCAGGAGUCAUGUUAAUGAAUUUAACACGCAUUAGAAGUACCCAGUUCAAGAAUAGCAUGAUACCAACAGGCUUGGCUUGGAAGGACAUGUUGUACCCUCUCUAUCAGAAGUACAAGAAUGCCAUCACAUGGGGAGACCAGGAUUUAUUAAAUAUUAUUUUUUAUUUCAACCCAGAGUGUCUCUAUGUGUUCCCCUGCCAUUGGAACUAUCGUCCUGAUCACUGCAUGUAUGGAAGCAACUGCAAAGAGGCCGAACGUGAAGGUGUGUCUGUUCUACAUGGGAACCGAGGUGUCUACCACGACGAUAAGCAGCCAACUUUCAAAGCACUCUACGAAGCAAUACGGGAUUUUCCCUUUCAAGACAAUCUCUUUCAAUCCAUGUAUUACCCUCUUCAGCUGAAGUUUUUGGAGACUGUGCAUACUUUAUGUGGACGAAUCCCACAAGUUUUUCUGAAGCAGAUUGAGAAAACAAUGAGAAGAGUUUAUGAGAAACACGUCAUCAUCCAUGUGGGCUCCAAUUAGAUGCACUGAAUGUUUCUUAUUUUCUUCCAUUCUAUUUUUGGAUUGCGGGCAAAGUCAAUUAGGCAUCUCAUGAUCAAGGAAAUAUUACUCUUUAAGCUGCCUGUAUCUUUUUUGUUUGAAUAGUUAAUGGUGCUCCAUGACUGUUGAGUUUAAACCUUGUUAAAUUUUGCGAAAUUAGUUCCCCCAAAAGGGAAUAUGUUUUUCUUCAGUUUUUUCUAAAAUACUAUU